GCCCAUGCGAGACAAACCCAAAACAGAUUACCUGAACCCAGUGGAAGAGAACCCCUUCGUCUCCCGACGGAAGAAUGGGGAUCUCCAGGCUGUGGACAACCCCGAGUACCACAACGCUCCGAACGGGCAGCCCAAAGCGGAGGAUGAGUACGUGAACGAGCCGUUGUACCUCAACACUUUUGCAAACACCCUGGAAAACGCCGAGUACCUGAAGAACAAUUUGCCAGAGAAAGCCAAGAAGGCCUUUGACAACCCCGAUUACUGGAAUCACAGCCUUCCCCCGCGCAGCACCCUCCAGCACCCGGACUACCUGCAAGAGUACAGCACAAAAUACUUUUACAAACAGAACGGGCGCAUCCGGCCCGUGGUGGCAGAGAAUCCCGAAUACCUCUCCGAGUUCUCCCUGAAGCCUGGCACUGUGCUGCCCCCGCCGCCCUACAGACACCGGAACACCGUGGUGUAGGAAUGCGCCGCAGGGAGCGGGGCGGCCACCCCUGCCAGCCGCCUCGCUCCUUCUCUCUCUCUCCCCUUCCCUUUCCUUCCCUCACGAGCUUCCUCCUCUUGCCCCCUCGCUCAUUUUUGAUAUUUCCAAGUGAAAGGAUGUCUUGGAGUCACUGGCAGAUUGGGUUUGGGAACCUGGAAGGAAGGAAGGAAAGAGACUGAAAGAAGGAGAGUACAACCUGGCCUUCCUCCCUUGCCGCAGAUCCGGAG